AUGAAAGCGUCAUGGUGGACACCAACCAUUGCCACAUUCAUUCUUCUCAUUUCCCUACCUUUUCUGUUUGUUGGCAUCAUUGCAGGUUCAAGAAUUCGUCGAGAGCUUUCUCUAGGUCCCCAAGCUCCCCUCGUCCAAAUCACUGCCUUAUCCGUCCACAAAUUUAAUGUCUCCGAAACAAACUUGACAGCCGAAUGGGAUGUCAAGUUCAGAAUAGAGAACCCAAACCUCGUUUCUUACAUCUCUUUCGACCGCGUCGAGGGCUUCAUUCUGUCCGAGGACACGGUGCCAUUAGCCAUAAAGUCGAUCGAGCCGUUCGAGUUGACCAUGAGGACAGAGAAAGAAGUGCAUAUGAGGGUGGCGAUGAACAAGUGGGAUGGCGAGCAGCCGGCGCUAAAACAAGGGGUGUUGGAGAAGAUGAUGAAGGAUAGGGAAACAGGGGGAGUAAGGUUCGGCGUGCAGAUGGCGAUUUGGGCCACGUAUAGGACUGGUUGGUUGUGGAAGAGGCAGCAUGUGAUUAUGAAUCCUCAAUGUUUGGAUUUGCCAGUGGCGUUUGUGCCUGGCACCACCACCAUAGGUUUUGGAAUUUUGAUGGGUGCUGUGCCUUGGACGUGCUACGUUCCCAUGCUAGCAGAUUAA